AUGGCACCAUUCGGCACGAUCUACUCGUACACGCCCAGCCCGCGGGUCAUGAAGGCCCAGGCUGCGGCCAACAUCAAUGGCCUGGAGCUGGCCAUCUUCCCGGACUUCGCCAUGGGCAAGACCAACAAGACCGAGGAGUUCCUGUCCAAGUUCCCCCUCGGCAAGGUCCCGGCCUUUGAGGCCGCCGACGGCACCACCCUGUUCGAGUCCGACGCCAUCGCCCAGUACAUCGCCGACAGUGGCCCCGCCGCCGCCCAGCUGCUCGGCGCCACCGUCGCCGAGCGCGCGACCAUCCGCCAGUGGAUCUGCUAUGCCCAGGGCGAGAUCCUGGACCCGGUCACUCAGCUGGCCCUGUGGCGUCUCAAGAUCCGGCCCUACGACGAGACCACCGAGACCAACAACCUGCAGCGCCUGGAGCGCUCGCUAGCCUGCCUCGAGACCUAUCUGAAGGGCCGCACCUGGUUCGUCAGCAACGACAAGGUCAGCAUGGCCGAUAUCACCGUCGCCUCCGCCCUGGUCUGGGGAUUCUCCAUGGUUAUCGACGCCGAGAUGCGCCAGAAGUACCCCAUCACCGUGGCCUGGUACGAGCGUACCAUCGAGCUCGAUGGUGUGAAGCAGGCCUUCGGAGAGAAGAACUUCAUUGAGAAGCGCCAGCCGUAUCAGGGUUAA